UAUAUAUAUUCUGUACAAUUUACAUGGCCACUGCGCACGAAUGCGUAUAUAGCUAUAUCUUGUGUCUAGCUGUGUUUUGGUGUUUCUCGCAUCUGUGCCCUGUGUCUUUUUACGUUACAGAGUGUGUUUAAGGUUAUCUUGACUUAUACAGACUUGUUUAAGAACGUGGUUGCGUGUGUGCAGUUUACUAAGUAAACUCUAAAAUUAUAACGUGGAGAAAAGAGACUUUACGUAAGUUUACUAUUUUACAAGAUGAAAACUAGAAAGAAAACAGUCAAAACACCAACAAAAGGAAGAAGAAGAUCAAGUGUGAUUAUGGUAAAAAAGAGUCCAAUAAGACGAAACCAACGUCGAAACUUGAAAAUCCCAAACAAAUAUAGCAUUUUAUCAGAUUAUGAAAGUCCUUUAAGAUCUCUCAAAGACAAUGGUGAACUGAAACCAUCAACAUCAACAAGCCUACCAGUAAAGGAAGAAUGUAUGAAAGAAGAGCACGUAGAGGAGAUAUUCCAAGAUCAAAAACCUAUUCAUUUAUCUGUAACAACAAAAUGUAAUCCUACAGAUUCUGAAGUAGUUAAACAAGAAAAAAUUGUUAAAGACAAUAGUAGUAGUGAACAAAACAAUAGUACUCAAGAUUCAAUGGCUGAAAAUGCUGAUAAAGCUGUAUCCAAGAGCCAAAAAAGAAAUGCAUCUACAUUUGUUGCAUCACGUGACAAACCUAAUCUUAAAAAACGGAAACUCAAGAAAAGCCCAUUAUCAAGAAUGAAUGAGUCUAAAGAGCUCAACACAUUGUCCGAAAGUGUAAUCAUCAUAGAUGAUUCACUAAGCGAACAAACAGCACUGAAUAAAGUAGAAAAGAAGAACGAGAUAAUAAAAGAUAUAUUAACUAGUAGUGUUGAAAGAAGUUCAGAUUUUAAGUCAUCAAGUACCACAUUUACUGAAAAAAUUAAAGAUACCAAAUCAGUAGUCGAUACGAUAAAAACUUAUCAAAAUAAUACUUCAGAACAAGCUGUGAAUUCAAUCAGUAAUCAUUUUGAAUCUUUGCAGUUCAUGUCUCGUAGAAAUGUUGAUAAUUCAAAAACAGUCACAAGUAAUGAGGAUGUUGUAGAAAUAGAUUGUAAUGACACUAUGAUGGAAAUGGAAGCUUAUCACAAUGCAUUCAAUCAAACUGCAGAUUCACCACCAACAUGUCCAAAUUUUGCAGAUUCUGUUAUCGUAAUUGAUCCAGAUGAUGAUGAAGAUAAUGUUAACAAUACCGAUCAGUCCCCUGCUCUAAAAAUUGAUGGAGUAGCAAAACCUUUAGAGGACUGCUUUGUUGUUUGGUCAUCAUUGCCUAGCACAUCUACCAGCACGAGUAGUACAACAACUACUGAAACACCUACAUUUAGUACUAAUCCCCUUUAUAAUAAUAAUUUAGACAUCUUAAAAUUUAAUAAAAUUUUAAUAGAUACAAAUGCAGAUAUCAGUAACUUGAGGUUUUUAAACAACGAAAAUAACAAAAUGAGAAAGAAUCAAUUAAAAUCUCCCAGGAAUGUAAAAGGAGUCAAAAAACCAUUGCUGAAAACAACAAUGGACAAAGGAAAAACAUCGGUAAAAAAUUCAGCAAAAGGUGCAUCAAAAUUUGUUGACAAAACUACAAACGGCUUUUUAGCAAGAGCCGCCGCAAAGGCUUCAACAAAAGUUGUAACAAAAACUACAGCAAAGGUUGCAUCUAGGACUCCAACAAAGACUGCAGUAAAAUCAAAAAUAAAACCGACAGGUACACCAACAACGGUUAAGAAGAACAGCAAGAGCAAUGGUCAACUCAUAUUUUCAUCGACAUCAAAAGAAGAUGGCGAAAAUAAAACCGCUAAAAAGAAAAACAUGAAAGGAAAACUUCGAGAGAUCGUCAUUGAUGGCUGUAAUGUUGCUAUGGCGUACAAUCAUAAUAACAUUUUUUCGGAAAAAGGAAUUAAAAUGUGCAUUGAAUAUUUUACUAAAAGAGAGCAUGUUGUUAAAGUUUUUAUCCCCCAGUCGAGAAGAUCUCUGAAAUUUCCUCUUUUAGAAAAGUGGUUCAAGGAAGGAAUAGUUGUUUUCACACCAAGUCGUAAAAUUGGCAACAAAUUUAUCACGUCUUAUGAUGACAGGUACAUCUUGGAGUAUGCUGCAGCUUGCGGUGGUAUCGUGGUAUCGCAAGACCAAUUUAGAGAUUUGUACGUGGAAAAGCAGGCAUAUCGAGAUAUUAUUGAAAAUAGAUUGCUAGUGCCAACAUUUGUGGGGGAUUAUGUCAUGUUCCCGGAAGACCCUCUAGGGAGGGACGGACCCUCGCUAAUUGAUUUUCUAAAGCAUUGAUACUAUUGAUACAAUAACUCAAAUUUGUAAAAAAGAAGUGGCGACAAAUUUGAAACAUGAAUUCGAUAUGACAAAGGAGAAAUUCGAAUUAAAAAUUUCUCAAACGAAGUAUCGAUUCAGGUUAUUUUAUAACUUGGGAGUUAUAAACGCACAAGUUUGUUGUCCGCCGUGUAUAUAUUAUUUUUGGUACACCACGAACUUUACAAGGGUCGUUGUAAAUUUUGACUGUAGUUAUAAAAUUGUUUGUAGAGUUAUGCAUAAAAAGUCUGCGGAAAAAAAUAAUGUAAACAUUACGUUUGAGUCGCCGUGUUAAGCGAAAUAAAUUUUCAUUAAUUUUUUCCUUUGAAACUAAGAUUAUUUAAGACCGUUUACUAUAUACUUUAUGAGUAUUUUUAUUUAAAGUGUUAUGGAAAUAGUUUUACAAAAUGAUAAAUUAUUUAUAUUUUUGUGUUUACAAUAUAAAAGAUAAUAUAAAAAUACUGAACAAUUUACAUUACAACUACACAUUAUUUUAUAAUACAAAAACAUACAAAAGGACUUUGUACAAAUAUAAACAGAACGAUAAAUAAAGACUUGUUAAUCGUCA